AUGUUUAAAAGAGUAUUUACUAGAUCGUUCGCAUCAAGUUUAAGAGCUGCCGCUUCUAAAGCCGCUACUCCGCCACCGGUUAGGUUAUUCGGCGUUGAAGGCACGUACGCAACUGCUUUAUACCAGGCUGCUGCAAAAAACUCCUCCAUUGAUGCUGCCUUCCAGUCCCUACAAAAAGUUGAGAGCACAGUUAAGAAGGACUCGAAAUUAAGCCAUUUACUUCAGAAUCCCGCAUUGUCGUUGAAUGAUAGAAAUUCUGUAAUUGAUGCCAUCGUGGAGACUCACAAGGGUUUGGAUGGAUAUGUUGUCAACUUAUUAAGGGUUCUUUCUGAAAAUAACAGGCUGAGUUGUUUCGAGCGGAUUUCUUCCGACUUCGGCGUUUUAAAUGAUGCUCACAACGGAUUGCUAAAAGGUACUGUGACAAGUGCUGAGCCGUUGGAUCCUAAGUCUUUCAAGAGGAUUGAAAGAGCUUUGAGCGCAUCUAAAUUGGUUGGGCAAGGUAAGUCCUUGAAGUUGGAAAACGUGAUUAAACCUGAAAUCAAGGGUGGUUUGAUUGUAGAGCUUGAUGGCAAGACUGUUGAUUUGAGUAUCUCCACAAAGAUUCAAAAAUUGAAUAAAGUAUUAGAGGACAGCAUUUAA